CAGGCCUCCGCAGUCGGUGCAUCUUGGACCGGAGGAGGGCUGGCCGGCUGGGGUGGCGGAGGACGGGGGCGAGAAGAGGAAGGAGGCUCCGGGAGCAAAGCGAGACAAAAAAAGGGUCAGGCCUGGGACUUGGGAGACUGGGAGAGAAGAGUGGAAGGGUCAUCUCUGAUUUCGUCAUUUUUUUUCUUCCCCUUUUGAAGUUCAUUUUCACUGGAAACUUCCCCCCGGUAUUACCGCACAUCCCCUCAUAAGCCUGUAAGACUCGACGAUGCCAUCCAACACUGUCACCAACACCAACUCCACCUCAUGCAAAGGCUCCGAUUUCGCGGAUUCGCCCGGACACAGAAUGGGUGAGAGCACAAUACUAGGCACGGACCUAAUGGAGGAGCAGAGGUCAGCUUUUAGCAGCGCCUCUUUUAAAGCUGGAAAACCUGGAAGGAAGCGUAAGCAGUUUCCAGCCGAGAGCUGCGCCUCUAUCACAGACUGCGCGGGCGUCGGCAACAGCUACCCCGGGCUGUGCCGGCCGACCGUAUCGCAGGUCCACAACGGAGACGUGGAUGCGCACGGAGACAAGACGCCCGACGCCUGCUUCCCCAAACAGGAGAGGCGGGAAGUGGAGAACGGAAUCCCCAGAUGCCUGUCCUCCUCCUCCUCCUACCAGGAGGAAGAGGAGGACAGCUCCCAGGGUCGGAGCCCGAGUCCCUGCCAGGAGAACGGCUUCCCGUCUGAGCGUGGCCCGGAGAGCGACAAGGACGACGGCCUGAUGAUGCCGCGCAAGAAACGAGGGAGGCGGAAACUGGAGCGGCCGACGAAGUAUGUGGAGCACAAGGAAGACGACGGGUGUGACACAAUCAAGACCGAGGGAGGUCGAGGCAGGCUACGAGGGGGAGUUGGUUGGGAGAUCAGCCUUCGACAGAGGCCAAUGCCCAGAAUAACCUUCCAGGCUGGUGACCCUUAUUACAUUAGCAAGCGGACCAGGGAGGAGUUGAUGGCCAAGUGGAAAAUGGAGGCAGAGAAAAAAGCCAAACUAAUGUCAGAGAUCAACAUAAUGAAGGACUUCGAGAAGAAUGAGACAGAGACCCAGAAAGAGGAGGUUUCAAUAAUCAAACACCCCCAGCCUUCAAAGCAACAGCCUCAGCCUCAGCCUCUAUCACAGCUUCAGUAUCAACAGCAAUCACAGCCGUCUCUGCCACAGCAACAGCAACAAAAACAGCCACCUCAGCAGCAACAGCAGCAGCAGCAGCAGCAACCUACCGACCCAGCGUCCCCCCCUGUGGCAACCACCCCGGAGCCUGUCGCCAUCGGAGGAGAGGAAAAAUCGUCCCCAAAGUCUGGAGACACUGAGCCUGAGUAUGAGGACGGCCGUGGUUUUGGCAUCGGCGAGCUUGUUUGGGGGAAGCUGCGAGGAUUUUCUUGGUGGCCAGGCCGCAUCGUAUCCUGGUGGGUGACGGGCCGGAGCAGAGCUGCCGAGGGAACCAGAUGGGUUAUGUGGUUCGGAGAUGGAAAAUUCUCAGUGGUCUGUGUAGAGAAGCUUCUGCCUUUAAGUUCAUUUAAUAAUGCCUUUCACCAACCAACUUAUAACAAACAACCCAUGUACAAGAAAGCCAUCUACGAAGUGUUACAGGUGGCUAGUAGCCGGGCAGGAAAAGCCUUCAUAGCCUGCCCUGACAGCGACGAAAGUGAAACCUCCAAAUCAGUGGACCAGUUAAACAAGCAGAUGAUUGAGUGGGCCAUGGCAGGGUUUCAGCCCACUGGACCUAAGGGCUUGGAGCCAGCAGAGGAGGAGCGUAACUCUGAGGUCUACCCUGAGACGUGGGUGGAGCCUGAAGCAGCAGCCUAUACACCCCCACCAGCCAAAAAGCCUCGCAAAAGCACAGUGGAGAAACCGAAAGUCAAGGACAUCAUCGAUGAGGGGACGCGAGAGCGCCUCGUUUAUGAAGUGAGACAAAAGUGCCGCAGCUUAGAGGACAUCUGUAUCUCUUGUGGAAGUCUGAAUGUGAGCCUCGAGCACCCCCUGUUUGCAGGAGGGAUGUGCCAGAGCUGCAAGAACUGCUUCCUGGAAUGUGCAUAUCAAUACGACGACGACGGUUAUCAGUCGUACUGUACGAUCUGCUGCGGCGGACGCGAGGUGCUCAUGUGUGGAAACAACAACUGUUGCCGGUGCUUCUGUGUGGAGUGCGUGGACCUCCUCGUCGGGCAAGGAGCCGCCGUCGCCGCCAUCAAAGAGGACCCGUGGAACUGCUUCAUGUGCUGUCCGAAGGGCGUGUUCGGUCUCCUGGAGCGCCGCGCCGACUGGCCCAGCCGGCUGCAGACGUUCUUUGCAAAUAACCACGACCAAGAUUUUGAUCCACCAAAGCUUUACCCCCCGGUCCUGGCGGAGAAGAGGAAGCCCAUCCGUGUUCUGUCGCUGUUUGACGGCAUAGCUACAGGGCUGCUGGUGUUAAAGGAACUUGGCAUCCAAGUGGAUCGCUACGUCGCGUCCGAGGUGUGCGAAGACUCAAUCACGGUGGGGAUCGUCCGACAUCAGGGGCGGAUCAUGUACGUUGGGGAUGUGAGGAAUGUCACACGCAAACAUAUUCAGGAGUGGGGCCCGUUUGACCUCGUCAUUGGUGGAAGUCCCUGCAAUGACCUCUCGAUAGUCAAUCCUGCUAGGAAAGGUCUUUAUGAAGGCACCGGUCGCCUUUUCUUCGAGUUCUACCGGCUGCUCCACGAGGCUCGGCCGAAGGAAGGAGAAAACAGACCUUUCUUCUGGCUCUUUGAAAACGUGGUCGCCAUGGGUGUCAGCGACAAGAGGGACAUUUCUCGCUUUUUAGAGUGUAAUCCGGUUAUGAUCGAUGCCAAGGAGGUGUCCGCUGCCCACCGUGCCCGUUACUUCUGGGGUAACCUCCCUGGCAUGAACAGGCCUCUAUCCGCCAUGUGCUCCGACAAGCUGGACCUCCAGGACUGUUUGGAACACGGCAGGACAGCAAAGUUUGAGAAGGUGAGGACCAUCACCACCAGGUCUAACUCCAUCAAGCAAGGAAAGGACCAACAUUUCCCCGUCUAUAUGAAUGAAAAGGAAGACAUUCUCUGGUGCACUGAGAUGGAAAGGGUAUUUGGAUUCCCAGUCCACUAUACAGACGUUUCCAAUAUGAGCCGACUGGCAAGGCAGAGGCUCCUGGGCCGAUCAUGGAGUGUCCCUGUUAUCCGCCAUCUGUUUGCACCACUUAAAGAUUACUUUGCCUGUGUUUGAGAAGCAGGAGACGUUGCCUUUCAGGCCAUUUAGGAACAAGAAAUAAGAUCAAGAGCCUUGAUCCUCAAAUUAUACUCUGGUAUAAUUUGUAAGCGAAACAUUGACAUAGAUUUCACGCUAUCUCUUGUAUUUGAAUUGUAAUUCUUAUUCUAUUUAAUUUUUUUUGUCAUUUUUACCUUUUAGCAGUGUUAUUGAGUAUUGUUUAUUUGUUUUGUGCAAGCUAUACUUGUAUGAGGGGAAUUUUGUUCCUUUUUAAUGAUAUCAAUCGAAAAGCGUUUCAAAUGCUAAACUAUUAAAUAUUUUUGCUUCGCAAAGGAAAAAAGGAAAUUCAAAAUAUUUUCCUUGUAAAUCUAAAAGUUUUGAUUUUAAAUCAAACUGUUUUGUUCACAAAGCUAGAUAUUUCUUCUUUGCUUUUAAAGUAUUUAGUCAGGCCUUCGCAACUUUUGAUUGAAGCCAAUUUUUUACGAGGCGUAUGACCACAUUUGCUGUGGGAGUCAUAUGAGGAGUAGGAGGGGCUAGCGAUUGUGCCUGAAUGAGCUUUGUAUGAAACUGGCUGAUUGUUGGGUGUAGGUAAUCAUGCUAUCUGGUCAAUCACGCCUUCUUAGUGUUUAAAUUUAAAGUCUGGUUUUUUUUUUUUUCUAAAAUCUAAAUAUGGCAAACCUUAACUUGACUUCUCUACACUGAACAGAGCAUUGCUUAUUUUUAAAAAUAGCAGCAUUUUUUAAGGUUUUUAGUUUUUUUUUGCCCCACAUUAGGACCACGUUGUAUAGAGACCAGCCUGAAUAUGACAAUGUAUAACGUAGUUUAAGUGUUACUCACCCCAAUGUAAAGGCAUAAUCCCAACCCCAGACAUUUAGAAAAAUGCCACUAAGGUGGGCGAUUGCAAGAGUCACGAAUAAGCAGUAGAAGUCUUAAGCAGGGCUCGUUGCUGCGGUGGUCAGGACGAGGUUAAAUUACCUGUUGAAACAUAAUGUGACCAUGAUGAUAUCUGGUGGUUUUGCCAGAGAUUGGUCUUUUGAGGUCGAGGAUCCCCCCCCACCCCCCAAAAAUGCAGGGCUGUCAUGACCAAAGCAUGUAUUGUUUGAACCAAUAGGAAUAUUCUUCUGCAAUACCCACCAUUCAACCCUAAGAGGGCAGCACUAAGGCAGUUUUAAGACAAAUAUUACAGAACUAAACAGAUUUACAUAAAAAUAAAAAAUAAAUUACACAUUAAUGUUAAAGUAGCACCCUUAGGCUCAGUUUAUACAGUUUGUCUGCAAAAAAGGUGGCUUUUGGGGUCAGAUACACUUUAAACCUGGACUAAAUCAUUACAGUUAUAACUAAAACAGAGCAAAUCUCUUUGUGUACCCCUUAAGUUCUGGGUGCAGAAGGAGAGAUUCCUCCAGAGUGGAUCCAUCCAAGAACCGAAACUUGGUGGGAGUUUCCAUAUGGUCUUUUCAGACGACAUUGACCAGUAAAGGAAGAUAUUAUUUGUCGCUCUGGAAGUUCAUGCCUGCACAACUUGCUAAAAAAGUGGCUUCAAGCUAAAAACUUGUGGAGGUGUGACCAAAUUCUCAUAGGUGUAAAAGAAACUUUUGGCCUUUUAAGCAAAAACUACAGAUGCUAAUUUAAGUUUCAAAUAUAUUAUUUCUGCAGACAAAAAAAAAAAAAUUUAAUUGCAUUUGUAUUUUGCUCUCAAACGUCUUUUUUUUUAUUUUAUUUUUAUUGAAAAUCUUUUUUUGAUUGGUCGUAUCAAAAAGGAACAAAAUUCACCUCAUAUCCUUUGAGACUACGCUUUCUCCCCGAGACACGGAGGCACGAGCGCUGAACGCGUUUUACUAAAGAGACGGAAGUCCUAUGGGGGAUGUAUGGGGACGGCGUUCGCGGUGCGUAAAUGGUGUCGACGCUGCAGCAUUGUGAACUGCAGGUGCAGCCGUGCUUCCAGCUACUGAGCCUCACCGAGAUGUGAAAAGUGUUUUUUUUUUCUUCUUCUCCGGUGUCGGGAGGGCCGUGUCUCUGAUAAUCCAAAACACCAGAUCACAUAUACCUCUUUGUUUACAGUUUCUAUACACAGCUGAAGGUAAUAAAGGUACUACUGUUAUAUGGUUACAAUACCAUGGUGCUCCGAGAUGAUGACAAACAUCAUAGCCCAUGUGGCACUACAACAUUAGACAAUACAGAGCUCUUUAACCUGUUGCUAAAAAAGGACUUCUGCUGGAGGUUUUUACAUUUAAUAAAAAAAAAAAAAGAAAACUUAGUUCUGAGAAACAGACUUUGAACUGAAACGCGCAGCCUGUCCUCUUUUGCAGUUUUUGUACUGUUUCUACUGGUGCUCAUUUGAUCCGUCAGCCUUUCUGCACGCAGGCCCUCGGCCCGCAUCUGCACAAACAGGGUGUGAAGCUAGCCACAUGGGCGAUGAUGUUUCUGUCGUUGAAAAAAAUAAAUAAGACAAAACAAAAAAAAAAAAAAAACUUUUUAAGAUCAAAGUCUUCGGUGAGCUACUUUUUUCCUAGUGUCACCCUGACUAACAAUAUUACUGUACAACUAUCGGCAAGCGUUGGUGCUGGAGGCUCGGUAACCGUCCUCCUCGACGUCUGCCUUUCUGAACUGAAAAAACUGUCAGGUGCAAAUACUCAACAACAUGGUGCGGCUUCACAAGGUUCUUCUACCUUUUUAUAGCAAUUUUGUGCUCUUUUAUCAACAUUAUAAAGCACUUUUAUAUGUAUACUUUCUUGUUUUCUUUUUUUUAUUAUUAUUAUUAUUAUUAUUAUUAAAUGAUGGUUCUUGUGAAAUGUUUUUUUGUUUAGUUUGAUGAUGUGAACUGAUCUACCCUUGUGUAAUACUUUUUGUAUACAGUAGGGCUGUGCCAAUAGAAGUAAAAGUAUGGCUUUUUGAUAUGUGAAACUUGUUAUUGGACUGUGUACAGUUGGUGGAUUGAUGUUUGUUGACCUUUCCUUUUCUACUCCAUCAUCCAUACCGUGCGCUAUUUUAACGCAGCAGCGCAACCUCUCACCACUAGGCAUGGGUCGAUAUGAGAUUCUCACAACGUGAUCACUUUGAGUGAAAAUGCCACGGUUUCAUGGUAUUUAGACAAAAAAAAAAAGUUAAAAUAAAGAUCAAUAACGUGAGCUAACUGCUUUUAUGAGAAGAAGAAAAAAUAUACAGUUUUUCCUGCUGCUGCUAAAGUAAUGCAACCUGGUGAUUAUUAAGGUUGUAUACGUUUAUCGUCUGUUAGACUUAAGUGGAAAAUAGAGCAUAAACGCAAAAUAAAUUCAGUAGUAGUUUCCUGCUCUGCUUUUUCUUGGCUAACAAUUUAACAAGCAAAUAUUAGCCUGGGAAUUAGUCGGGCUCCCUGCUCCGUUAGCGCACACGUGCCGCUCGUAGCUCGCCAAUUGUAGUUUUAAAUCAGCGAAACCCACGUUUUUUGGUAAUAGGUGGCGUUCCUUUAGUUUCCACACCACAACUCACUCUCUGAGCUGUUUGUGACCGGAAAUAUCACGCUAAAGCUAAAUUUGUCUUUCUUAAAGGCGAGGGAAAGGUGUAGUAGCUUUCUUUCGGCCGGCUGACCAGCAGUGCUCAGCAACUGUUGGAGGAGGGGGUAGCUCUCUACAGCCGGGAGGGGGGGGGGAAAUAAACUCCGGUCACUCAAGCACUUUCUCUGGCCUCUCAUUAAAAAGGAUUUUAAAAUCGUAGGAACGGUAUGAGAAAAUUUUAUCGGGUCUAAAAUCGUAACUUUUCAAAAACAUCAGGGUACCUUGAUACCGGUUACCGCCCACACUCAACGAAUGUAAAAAAAAAAAAAAAAAUAAAUCUCUGUUUAGGGUUCAUAUUUUGUCUCUUGUGAAGGAGAGCCGGGCGCCUGGUAUUUCCCUGGUAAGUUUGAAAGUGCGGCUCACCCCCGAACCCGGGGGGGG